GUAGUAGUAGUAGUGGUAGUAGAAGUAGUGUAGUAGAGGCUUGGGAAUGGAGAAAGUGAGAGCGGUGGUGAAGGAGAUCGCGUACGCAGAGAACCGCGCAAAGCUCUCACCUCUAAAACGCUGUGUGAUAAUCCCAGUCCUCUCCUUCGCUUCCUCUCUCUACGCACUCGCUCUCUCCCUCCGCCACUCUCUCUACCGCUUCCGCCUCCUCCGCAGCCACCGCUUGGCGGUGCCGGUGAUAAGUGUAGGCAAUUUGACGUGGGGUGGCAAUGGGAAGACACCAAUGGUCGAGUUCAUUGCUCGCUUCUUAGCUGACUCUGGAAUCCCACCUCUCAUUCUCACUAGGGGUUAUGCUGGUGGGGAUGAAGCUAGAAUGCUUGAGAGGCAUCUCUUUGGGAGACCUGCAAAGAUCGGUGUUGGUGCAAAUCGGGCAGCUGUUGCUGCUUCUUAUUUUGAAAGAUAUGGUUACUUUGAUCCUCGUUUUAGUACAUCCAAUCAGAGUCCUUGCCUUGACCAGAAAGUGGAAAGUCAUCUUAAUUUAGAAAAAAUUGGUGCUGUAAUUCUAGAUGAUGGAAUGCAGCACUGGAGCUUGCAGCGCGAUCUAGAGAUAGUAAUGGUCAAUGGGUUAACGCUGUGGGGUAACUGCAAAUUACUCCCACUUGGACCUUUAAGGGAGCCUUUGACUGCACUGAAACGGGCAGAUGUUGCUGUCAUCCAUAAUGCAGACCUGGUUUCAGAACAAAAUCUCAAAGAGAUAGAGCAUAUGAUACGAGAAGUUAAAGAAUCUCUUCCAAUUUUCUUCACUAUAAUGACUCCCUCACACUUUUUUGAAGUGGCAAAUAUUAAUUCCAAACUACCUCUGGGAGCUUUGAGUAACACCGUCAUAUUAUGUGUGUCUGCCAUUGGUUCUGCAAAUGCUUUUGUGACUGCAAUGGAGAAGAUAGGAGCAUCUUAUGUUGAUCGACUUGACUUCAGUGACCAUCAUGUCUUUCAAGCCAGGGAUGUUGACAUGAUCAGAAGGAGACUUGAAGAACUUGAGGACAAGUUUGAUUCCAAGCCAAUUGUUGUAGUAACAGAAAAGGAUUAUGAUCGAGACUCUGAGAUUCUUAAGCACUUGCAUCCAUUUAAAGUUUUGGCACUCUGUUCUGAAUUGCAAACUAUAUCUCACAUAGGAUGCACCAAGAAUGGAUUCAAGAAGUUGUUGACAGAAGUACUAAGAGUGAAAUUACCUGGUGCAAACUAGAAGUAUGCUAUGGUAAAUUCAACUUAAGGGAGCAGCUUUGCAAGCAUGCAGUGGGACAUGAUUGGAAGAUUACAUCUUGAACUCGGAUAUCAACUGUAUUAAUACUGGAUAGCUUGUUCAUAGUUUGUAUUCCCGCAAAGUUGCAAUUGUGCUACAGGCUCAAGUUUAUAGAACUCUAGCUUGUAUGUUUCUAUAGUCAUACAAAUCCAUCUUUCUUAUUUUUCA